UGAAACAAUAAACUCAAACUAUGAUGAUGGUUUCUAGCAAAACAUUCUCUUCACUUCAGUUUUUCACUCUUUUCUACCUCUUUACAGUUGCAUUUGCUUCCACUGAGGAAGCAAUUGCCCUCUUGAAAUGGAAAGCAACUUUCAAGAACCAGAAUAAUUCCUUAUUGGCUUCAUGGACGCCAAGCUCUAAUACAUGCGAAGACUGGAAUGGAAUUGUAUGCUUUAAUGGUAGGGUUAACAGGUUGAAUAUUACAAAUUCCCGUGUCAUUGGUAACCUGUAUGCUUUUCCGUUUUCAUCUCUCCCUUUUCUUGAGAAUCUUAAUCUUAGCAUGAACAAUUUCUCUGGCACCAUUCCACCUGAGAUUAGUAAUCUCACUAAUCUUGUCUAUCUUGACUUGAACAGCAAUCAGAUUUCAGGAACAAUCCCACAACAAAUCGGUUCACUAGCCAAGCUUCAGAUCCUCCGUAUAUUUGACAACCAUUUAAAUGGCUCUAUUCCUGAAGAAAUAGGUUACCUAAGGUCUCUUACUAAGCUAUCUUUGGGUAGGAACUUUCUUACUGGUUCUAUUCCUGCUUCAUUUGGGAAUUUGAACAACUUGUCUUUUUUGCUUCUUCAUAAUAAUCAGCUUUCUGGCUCUAUUCCUGAAGAAAUAGGUUACCUAAGGUCUCUUACUAAGCUAUCUUUGGGUAUGAACUUUCUUACUGGCUCCAUUCCAGCGUCAUUGGGGAAUUUGAGCAACUUGUCUUUUUUGUAUCUUUAUGAUAAUCACUUUUCUAGCUCUAUUCCUCGAGAAAUAGGUUACCUAAGGUCUCUUACUGACCUACAUUUGGGUAAUAACUCUCUUACUGGUUCCAUUCCAGCUUCAUUGGGGAAUUUGAGCAACUUGUCUGGUUUGUAUCUUUAUAAUAAUAACCUUUCUGGCUCUAUUCCUCUAGAGAUAGGUCACCUAAGGUCUCUUAGUAUCCUACAUUUGAGUAAUAACUCUCUUAAUGGUUCUAUUCCUGCUUCAUUGGGAAAAUUGAAAAACUUGUCUAUUUUGAUUCUUUUUUAUAAUCACCUUUCUGGCACUAUUCCUGAGGAAAUAGGUAACCUAAGGUCUCUUACUAUACUAGCUUUGGGUAGGAACUUUCUUAGUGGUUCUAUUCCUGCUUCAUUGGGGAAUUUGAACAACUUGUCUUCUAUGUAUCUUAAUGAUAACAACUUGAAGGGAAAAGUUCCGCAAUGUUUGGGUAAUAUCAGUGGCCUCCAGUUAUUGAUGAUGUCACAUAAUAAUCUCAGUGGAGAGCUCCCUUCAUCUAUCUCCAAUUUAACAUCACUGCGAAUACUAAAUUUGGGCAGAAACAAUCUGGGGGGAGCAAUUCCACAAUGUUUUGGCAAUAUUAGAAGCCUCCAGAUUUUUGAUAUGCAGAAUAACAAACUUUCUGGGACUCUUCCAACAAAUUUUAGCAUUGGAAAUUCACUUAUAAGUCUCAACUUGCAUGGCAAUGAACUAGAGGGGAGAAUCCCUCGGUCGUUGUCCAAUUGCAAAAAGUUGCAAGUUAUUGAUCUGGGAGAUAAUCACCUCAAUGACACAUUUCCCAUGUGGUUGGGAGCUUUGACAGAGCUGAGAGUUUUAAGAUUGACAUCGAAUAAAUUGCAUGGACCCAUAAGAUCUUCAGGGACUGAAAUCAUGUUUCCUGAUCUUCGAAUCAUAGAUCUCUCUAACAAUGCCUUCUCAAAAGACUUAUCAACGAGUAUGUUUCAACAUUUGAAAGGCAUGAGGACAAUUGAUCAAACAAUGAAGUUACCAAGUUAUGAAGGAAAUGGAAAUUACCUAGACUCGGUGGUAGUUGUAUCAAAGGGAUUGAAGCUAGAAGUUGUGAGAAUUUGGUCUUUGUACACAGUUAUAGAUCUUUCAAACAACAAAUUUGAAGGACAUAUUCCUGGUGUUCUGGGAGAUCUCAUUGCGAUUCGGGUACUGAAUUUAUCUCAUAAUCGAUUGCAAGGUCAUAUACCACCAUCACUUGGAAGUUUAUCUGUAGUGGAAUCAUUGGACCUUUCGUUUAACCAGCUUUCGGGAGAGAUACCACAACAACUUGCUUCUCUAACGUCUCUUGAAUUCUUAAAUCUCUCCCACAAUUAUCUUCAAGGGUGCAUCCCUCAAGGACCUCAAUUUCAUACCUUUAUGAGAAAUUCAUAUGAAGGUAAUGAUGGAUUGCGUGGAUUUCCAGUUUCAAAAGGUUGUGGCAAUGAUCCUGUGUCGGAGACAAACUAUACAGCUGCGCUAGAAGAUCAAGAAAGAAAUUCUGAAUUUUUCAAUGAUUUUUGGAAAGCAGCUCUGAUGGGCUAUGGCAGUGGGCUAUGUAUUGGCUUAUCCAUAAUAUAUUUCUUGAUCUCAACUGGAAAUCUAAGAUGGCUUGCAAGAAUCAUUGAAGAACUGGAACACAAAACUAUCAUGCGAAGGAGAAAGAAGCAGCGAGGUCAAAAGAAUUACAGAAGAAGAAAUAAUCGCUUCUAG